AACACUUAACAAUCCUGAAAGACCAUAUAAGGUUAUUUAAGCUGCAUCAUGGAGGAAUACAAUAGUACUGUGACAAGACAGAGUCAAAGACAGACACAGAGGCCUCACCAUGAUACAUCAAAGCUGGACUUGGGGUGUUUUUUAUUUGGCAAUAUUUGUUGGAGUUCUUCAUGUCAAGGUCAGAGCACAAGAAGAUGACUGGUGUAGCACAGAGAAUGCUUUAGAAGAUAGAUUACUAAGAAUUGAUUAUACCGACACUGAUACAAUUCUAACAGCUCAACAGAAGGCAGAAUUGGUGAAUCUCUUUAGUUCCCGUAGUUCAUUGUUUAAUGGAUGGUUACGAUUUCUCGAUGGUUCACAAAUUUGCACACCAUCUGAUAUUGUAAGCCUUUACAAUACAUGUGAAGACAGAGC